AUGUCUAUUCACGGUUCCAGCAUCACCAGCACGUUCGAUCUAGACAAAGCGAUUCCUUCGGGGAUCAAUCAGACUCCACCAAUGGGCGAGUCGUAUGAAAAGGCCAACUCCGGUCCCAUCUUAGCAUCGACUUCGAGUAAGGCUCCAGAUGGUGGUCUGAACGCGUGGCUAGUAGUUUUUGGUGCCUGGUGUACCUCCUUCUGCAGUUUCGGAUGGAACAACAGCAUUGGCACUUUUCAGCAGUACUAUCAAACAGAGCUUCUGCAGCAAUAUUCCCCAGGAACAAUAUCCUGGAUCCCCUCCUUGCAGAUAUUCUUCAUGUUCGCUAUGGGUCCAAUCGUUGGCAGAAUUUACGAUUGUUAUGGGCCACGAUACCUGAUAUUCGUUGGGUCCUUCCUCCAUGUCUUCGGAUUGAUGAUGACGUCCAUCUCUACAGAGUACUAUCAAAUCAUGCUUUCUCAAAGCGUCUGUAGUGCUAUCGGCGUUUCACUUAUAUUCCAGCCAGCUCUCAAUGCCAUCGCCGGCUGGUUCGAUAAGAAACGCGGUAUAGCCUAUGGUAUCCUUUCCACUGGGUCUAGCGUCGGCGGCAUCGUCUUUCCCAUCAUGACUAGUCGCCUCAUUCCGUCCGUGGGUUUUGGAUGGACAUUACGUAUUGCUGCUUUUCUGAUCUUCUUCCUGCUUGUUCUCGCUUGCUUGACUGUCAAGUCUCGAUUUCCACCCAAUCGGCAGGUUGUCACCAGAAAACAACUUGUCGCGCCAUUUCAUGAGCCAGAAUUCCUUGCUCUCAACGCCGGACUGUGUUUAUUCACAUUCGGCAUGUUUAUUCCCAUCAAUUACUUUGUGGUGGAGGCUACUUCCAAUGGGAUGAGCCGAGGUCUAGCACAAUACCUCGUUGCCAUGUUCAACGCUGCUAGGUACGCGCCCCCAAUUUUCAUUCUCUUCCUGCAAGCAUUGGCUGAUGGUGGCUUUGCACACAGUCUCUUUGGUCGUCUCCUCACCGGAUAUCUAGCCGACCGUAUCGGAAAAUACAACGUCUUCACCCUGGCUGCGUUCGCCACCGGAACAAGUACUUUAGCCUUGUGGCUUCCAUCCGGCAGAAACGAUACUGCACAUAUCGCGUAUUAA